UCAUGGGGCCCCCGGGCAAUAGGGGAUCAUGGGGCCCCUGUGUCCUUGCCCAAACUCAAAAAAGCCUAUGAAAAAGGUACCAGGGGCAUCUCAUGGAGCCCCCUACUGACCCCGGGCCCUCGGGCAGUGCCAGAGUUUCCAAAUGGUCAGUCCGCCGCUGGACAUUCCACCAUCCAUGCUAACAGUGCGCAUGGACGAAUCCUCCCUGCCAGGCUAUUAUAUCCUGACAGUCACAAAUGGCAGUUGUCAGAAUACUUUAAUAGUGCCUGCAGGCGUUGUUCAGCUGACAAAUGUUCAGCUCCUUCAAUGUAAAUCGAAUGAGUAAU